AGAGUCAUACCAUGGAAGUUGUGUCGAGGUCUCCAGUCUCAUCUACAAACAGCGUUCAAUAUUUAUACAUCUGAUUCUGGAGAGAGGCUUACAGCAGUUAACGCGUCCGAAACAGACUUGACACAGAGAAAUCGGGCUGUUCUGCGAUAGACAAGGCGUCGGCUGAGUUCAAACGAUCCGAGUCAGAUCUGCAUAAGGCGGUGAAUCCGGGGCCCCGACUCCUCGGACCUCGACGACUAAACCGUCAGGUUUCCGUGUCAUAGCAGGUCCGGUCCCCGUAUCCAUCUGCUGCAGCCACUGGCCAGUCAUCUCUGUGCGACUCGUGUGAUCCUGCAGACGCCCUCUACAGCUGCACUCUAGAAAUCACUGGGAACCAUGUCGACCCGAACGGCCUUCCAUGUCGCGCUCCUAGGCGUGGCUGCGUAUAUGACCCACCGCUCGAGCACAGCGCCGACGCCACCCCCGAAGGAUGACGAAGUGAGGCAGGAUGUCAAGCCUACGGAGCGGAUUUUCGGCAAGGUCGCGAGGCGCAUGGGAGACGCGGUUAAGUACAUGACGUGGGCGAGCGCGGGAUGCACGGUCGCCGUACUCAUCGCGCGCGAGUACCCAAGCGAGCUUAGCACGAACAUCCUCCGCAGGCUUAUCCUUGUCGGCACCGGUGCAGCUGCGCGGAUACAACCUACGCCCGUCGUCCUCGCAGGUUGCGCUUUGACUGCGUUCGGCGCCGCGAUCCGCAUGGCAUGUUUCCGGACGUUGGAUAGGUUCUUCACGUUCGAGGUGACGGUGAAGGAGGGACACCGGCUGUGCACGAAUGGGCCAUACUCGGUUGUGCGCCAUCCGAGCUAUACGGGUUGGUGCGUGCAGACGAUCGGGGUCACGCUGUGGAACUGCUGUGCAGGCUCGUGGGCGCGCGAGGCAGGGUGGCUGGAUAGGCCUGGGGGAAUGAUUGCGGCGUGUGCGUUUGUGGGAGUCCAGGCGUACAUUGGGCUGAGCAUGAUCAUGCGGUGCAGUCAGGAGGAUGCGUUGAUGAAAAAGCAAUUCGGGGAGAGUUGGGAUGAAUGGGCAAAACGCGUACCAUACCGACUCGUACCUUUCCUUUACUAAACACUUCUCGCAAUACGCUCCUGAGAUGAAGUAUCCGCACGACUUUGGAAUGAUGACUGUAACAGUCACGGUCUUCUUACAUAGGCUGCCAGUGAGCAUCAUGGGGGUCACGUAGAGCGCGUUUCCUUUGUAAAUGAGCGGCCUACGUUGGCAGCCACAUCACGUCCGCGUCACGUAUCAUUGCUGUAGAAUCUGAUGGGCGCAGAGCAUUCCGCAGAGAGACCUAAGAGCGGCAGACGACGAGGGCAAGUACUGUGCGGCGGCUGCCAACUUGAAAGCAGAGCGCAAGGAAUCCCGGGCCGGGAAAGGUGGAGGAGGAUCGAGUUUGCGCCCGCGGUGUUGCCAACCGCCACCGCCACCAUUUGGCACUGAGGCUGUUGACCAGGGCCUCGAUUCUCGAACGCGUUCAAAGCCCGUCGCAGUACUGAUCGCCUGGCUGAGACUUGU